ACCUAUACCUGUAGAGGAGGUUCAGAGGCUCGGGCUCGAGACCAUAGUGUAAUACCCAAAUGCUCGCCGCAGCACACAAUUAAACCAACAAAUCGCAGAACAACCUCCGGAGACAGGUCGUUCUUUUUUUUUUUUUGGUCCAAACAUUAACCCUUUACUCGUAUUUUUUAAACCAUCAUCGACACAUCGUUCCGGAGGAGUUCUUCAGUAUCGUACAGUUCAUCAACCAAGUGUUAGCUCGUUUUCAAUUAUACGAUUAUAGUUUUUUUUUUACAACGAGCGUAUUUCUUUUAUAUUUUUUUUCCUUCUUCUUCAAAUAUAACGUAUCUUUUAUUUUAUUUUUUGAAUGUGGUUCGGAUAUAAAUAUAAACUUAUAAUGUCUAAUUGUUUUGUGACAUCGGUGUUCGAAAAUCUCGUUAUAUCGAAUUGUAUUUGUUCUAAUCGGUUAUAAUUUUCGUAAAAAUUUUUUCGUGAAUUUUUUCCUCGUCUGUCGGUCAGUUCAAUCAUGCGUGUAUCUGUUAUAACGCCUAAAGUUUCGUUUUGAUUUGCGUACACAUGUUUUACCAUGAAAUGGGGAAAUGAUUUGCCAAAUAAUCGACAAAAUAACCUGAGUAUGAAGCAUAGAAAUUCGAAAUAUUACAGAUAUGUCCGUGGAGCAAGUAUAUUAUGCAUAUUCUUAACACUGACGAUAGGAGAAUGUCUCGGCAAGGAGUCAGACGAGCAAACGAUACAACCUCCGAACGAGUCAUGGAAAGAAGAAAAAACUACAGCUAGUGUUAGCGAACCCAGUGAUAUUAUACUAAGAAAUUAUACGCAUAGUAAAAUUAAAGAUAACGAUAUAGCAUUUAUGAAUAAACCGAGUAAAUUCGACGAGCAUGUCGAAGACGACCAGUACGUCGAUAAUCCUUUAUUACUGCUGGGUCUGGCGAACAGCACUCAGUCGUCAGCUAAUGUUACCAUUAUUAAAGAUUCAACGUCGACAUCCUCGUCGUACAAAUUAAAAGACAGUGCCAAUGGAACGUUUACCGCGACUCCGCAAAAUAAUAAUUAUACUACGUGUACGAACGAGACAAGUACGCGUAAUUCAUCGUCAACCGCGACGACGAUAUGCGCUUCUGCGAGCGGUACGACGGUGGUGAAAAAUUUAACCGGUACCGACGCUGCGACACAUUUAAAAUUAAUAGAUGUAGAUAGUUCGAACGAGAAUCUCCACAGUGCCUUAGUACGAAAACGUAAUUCCGCCGAUAUUUCGACGAGCUCAAAACCUACCCUUAAUGAUUCGGCGGAGCUUCCUAAUAAUGAAUUAGUUUUAAAAGCCGGUUCGAGGCAGCCGGCGAAUAUUUAUUAUAAAAAUAAUAUUUAUGGUAAACUUUAUGAUUAUAAGAAUGUGACUAGAAACUUUCCGUCGUUAUCGCAAUUAAACUUUUUACGUAAAGACAACGCCGGUAGUAGUAACAAAAGCAGCACACCGCUGAAUGCCUACGUCGUCGAUGCGUUCAAGUCAUAUCCGCGAUAUCAACAUGUAAAUUAUUCUAGCAAUCGAGUCAACGGCGUCGUACCAAAAAUAUACCACAAAUCGUAUUUUAACGACGCUAAUAAUUUAUUCUCGUUUAAAUUAAAAAAAGAGACUGAAGAUUAUAGAAUGCUAGAGAAAAGAAUACGUCGCCGGAACAGCCGGGUACGUAGAUCGUUAAACAUGUACUCGUUGCCAUUUAACGAAGUCAUCUACAGACGACCGUAUCGUCGCUAUCGUUUACGUAAUAACGACCGUAUGGAUAUCUGGGAUCAUAUAUCCGACCACAACAGACGCUACGUUCGCUUUCCACUUCCAGCCGACGCUAGCCCGUUCCGACCUAGUCGUCCGUUAAACGCGGUAGCAGCUCCGCCGCCGCCUCCACCGCCACCACCGCCACCAUCUUCUCUCAGUUGGACACCGCCACAACUACCUCAAUAUGCAGCUUACCAUCAAGCGUUGCCUACGGUUCCGUCUAUGGGGCCGAGAAGUCCGAGAUUGGUGUUCAGAGAUCCCAUCGAACCGGGUACACUGCAGGCUCCCUUUAGUCCGAAUGGUCUGCAGGAUUUGACCGCUCCUGAAGAUAAUAAAGAUGACUGGCCUGGGCCUGAAGCAGAUGAAGGAAAUGACAAUAGGUUAUGCCCGACAGGGAGCUGUGAGUUCUUCCUAACAUGCUGGAUGUCAUCUGGUUUGAUAGAAGGCGCUUGUGGGGGUGGAUUUUUAUACGCUUGUUGUUUACGCAACAAUGGUAAAGCCACCGAUCGAGGUGCCAGCUCUAUCACAACAAAUGAUAUUCAGCUUCCAAGUAACUAUGGUCCAGUCAUUAAUGACCCUAGAUGCGGCGUUUCUGUAGCAAAACAACAAACUGCACAGAGGAGGAUUGUUGGAGGCGAUGAAGCUGGUUUUGGAAGUUUCCCCUGGCAGGCAUACAUACGAAUAGGAUCGAGUCGUUGCGGAGGAACUUUGGUCAACAGGUAUCACGUUGUUACUGCCGGACAUUGCGUUGCCAGAGCGACCGCACGUCAGGUACAAGUUACCUUGGGAGAUUACGUGAUCAAUUCAGCUGUUGAGCCUUUACCAGCGUAUACUUUCGGUGUUCGUAAGAUAAACGUGCAUCCUUAUUUCAAAUUCACUCCGCAAGCUGAUAGAUUCGAUGUGGCUGUGUUAAGAUUAGAUAGACCUGUACAAUAUAUGCCUCAUAUUGCUCCUAUUUGUUUACCGGAAAAAGACGAAGACUUUUUGGGUCAAUACGGUUGGGCUGCCGGUUGGGGAGCUUUACAAGCCGGAUCAAGACUACGACCAAAAACUCUACAAGCUGUCGACGUACCUAUAAUUGAUAACAGGCAAUGCGAAAGGUGGCAUAAAUCGAACGGAAUCAAUGUCGUAAUAUACGAAGAAAUGAUGUGCGCAGGAUAUCGAGGCGGGUCUAAAGACUCGUGUCAGGGUGAUUCUGGAGGACCACUUAUGCUUGAAAAGACGGGUAGGUGGUAUUUAAUCGGUAUAGUUUCGGCUGGAUACUCUUGCGCUCAACGUGGACAGCCUGGAAUAUACCACAGAGUUGCUCAUACUGUCGAUUGGAUCUCUUAUAUUGUUAAUUCGUAAUUUAGAAAAAAAAAACAAUUUUAAAGACAAAUCAGCCAGCGAUACGAAUAUUAUAUUUAUUUUUUACAUUUUCCUUUUUUGUACUUGUGUGUGCUAGUGUGAGUGUGCGUGUGUGUGUGAGAUGAGUAUAACUUAAAAAAAAAAAUGAGAAUAAAUCCAUGUUUUUAAC